GAAUAUGAACUCUAUCUGUGAUGUUAGCUGCCGGUUAGCUACAAUAUCGGUUUGUCAGCUGAAACAAUAUCGCUAAUGAUCCUCUUGAAGACAAGCUUGCCGUCGGGUAGUAAUUGCUUAUAAAUACACACACCUGCAACCAGAAUCACCAUGAACAAGACAAAGAUAAAGAAAUCAAAGGUACCAGGAGGACAGAAGAACAUCUCAUCCUUCUUCUCUUCUCAAAACCAGCACAUGGUUGAACCUCAGAUCAAACGGGGCCAAACCUCAACAAUCGGACCCCAGUCCCCCUUAAAGAGGAGUAUCCUUGGGGACCUUGAAAAUCUCCUGCCCUCCUCACCAGAUCUUCUCCUCUCUGUGCCUGAGACCCCCAACAGUCAGAUCAGACCUGCUUCUUCUUCAUCCAGUGAUCCCGGUCGCCUGAGUCCUGUGCCCCGCAGAGGGGGGAUAGGCUUGGAGAAGCUUGGCCAUCUGUCCCCUAUCUGUCGUAGUCCUCGCUCCAAAGGGCAGCUUGUUGGGAGAGUAAAGACUGAGGAGGAAACAAAAAUGAAGAGACAAGAGGGAUGUUCUAGCUCCUCAAAAAGGCUCUUCAGCCCUUCACAUGAGUCCCGCAAUGCAAAGAGACCAAGAACCCCCAAUUCACCCGCACAAAUAACUCCACUCACCCCCAUCGGCAGCAACUUGAAGGUGACGAGGCCUGUGAUUGGUCCUCUAAAGACACCUGUUUUCUCCUGUAACCAGUCAGAGGGUCGACAGAAAAAUCAUCAACAAGAGGAAGGAAAGAAUGAAAACAACUCUGGUUUCACGGUGAUAUCAGAGCAGAAGAUAUCUGAACUGAAAGCCAAUGAAAAUCCACAAACUGGUCUGGUUAAGGAUACUCACAGUCUGACUGCCCAACCAGGGACACAAACAGCUGCAGCAAAGAGAAAUUCAAUCAGCGCAAAGACCGACCUCAACAAAAAGGAAGAGGAGACCGAGGCUGUUAGAACAGCAGUGACAUCAUCAAAAGGAGUCGGAGACAAAGUGGCAUCGUCAGUUCAGGAACGAGGGGAAGUAAUGACGUCAGCGUGUCCUGAUGAAGAGGAGCUGGACGAGAGCUGGUUUGCAGACCAGAUGGAUCAUAAUGAAGGACCUGUCAGAGGGACGGAGGAGAAACCUAAAAAACACCAUAAGGUGCCUGAUCAUGUCAUCCUCUCUGGAGGCCUCAACAACCGCUACUGGGUUUUAGACAUUGAGGAGAGGCCUGGCUGUAAAACGCUGACCAUCUCAUGCUCCAAAUCUCUACAUCCCACUGAGACGUGUGUGCUGAAGGAUGGAUGGGAGAUGACGCCCGUCUGUCGUGGUGAUGUGGUGCAUCUAGAGGGCUGCCGUGAUGGUGGGUCCUGGUCCGUAGACAGGGAGCAGGGCUUCCUGAUUUUACUACCCGACAGUCUCAUCUCAGGAACCAGCAUCUCCAGCUCCAUCCGCUGCAUGAGGCGAGCAGUGCUGGGAGAUAUGUUCAAGAGUUUUGAUGGCGGCUCCAAACAAAUGCUGAACGGCACCAUUGUCCAUGAAGUCUUCCAGAGAGCAGCUAGAGCGAAAGAUUUUUCUUUGGAGGGGCUGUCUAAGCUGGCUGAGCAGGCCCUGCAUAGUCCUCAGUACCUAGGAGACAUGUACAGUUUGGGUGUUAGCCAGGAAGAGAUGAAGCAGGAGCUGCAUGCAUAUCUGCCCUCACUGGAGCAUUGGGCGAAGGAUUACCUCAACUCCCCAACACCAAAAGCUAUCAGCCUCAAAAUCCCAAGCAGCAGCAGCAGAGCUCCUAGCAGGGGUCAGGACUCAGCCACAGUGGUCACAGUCACAGAGCUGGCUGACAUAGAGGAGAAUGUGUGGUCACCCAGGUUUGGUCUGAAGGGGAAAAUCGAUGUGACUGCACGGGUUCAAAUCCAAAGGCCACGAAACGGUACUCACAGAACCCUGGAGGAGAGGACUGUCCCUCUGGAGCUGAAAACUGGACGGGAGUCAAAUUCUAUAGAGCAUCGCAGUCAGGUGAUUCUUUACACUCUGAUGAGCAUGGAGAGAUACAACUCUGAAGCUGGCUUCCUGCUUUACCUCAAAACUGGCAACAUGCACCCUGUAGUGGCCAGUCACAUGGACCGCAGAGAGCUACUGAAGCUGAGGAACACCUUGGUUCAUCACAUUCACAACUGUGUGGAGAAGGAAGUGAAACAAAGUCGUUUGGCGCGACUUCCUGACAUCCUGACAAACAGACAAACCUGCCAGUACUGUCCACAGAGGAGGAACUGUGCUUUAUAUGAGAGGUCGAUGGGUAGCAGCUCUGCAGAUGCUGUUGAGGAUGGUGUGCGUGACUUCUUGCAGCAGGAGACAGGCCACCUGUUUCCACAACAUCUAAACUACUUUUCCCAUUGGCUGCUGCUCUGCUGCCUCGAGGCUGGAACCAUGGAGACCAAGAGUGGCAGAAAGCGUGUGUGGCUCCAGACAGCUGAGGAGAGUGAGAAGAGUGGGAGCUGUUUGGGGAACGUGCAGCUGAGCGGUGCAGUCACUGUGCAGUCUGACGGGGUUUUCCUCCAUCGUUUCCAGCGGAGCAGUGGAAGUCAACAGAAGGGUUUGACUAACAGCGGUUUGGCUAGUGGGGAUCGUAUUGUUGUUAGCGACCAGGAAGGUCGACUGGUUGGUUUGGCAACAGGAUACCUGUCUGAAGUCAGCAGAACAUCAGUCAGCUGCACCCUGGACAGAGAUUUGUCAAAGUUCAGUGGUGUGUUGUUUCGAUUGGAUGGUGACGAAGGCGUGGUGGGCCUCAGCACUCAUCUAACCAACCUCUCCAGACUGAUGGAAAACUGCCAGGAUAGUGAUCGUCUAAGGGAGCUGAUUGUUGACCUUCGUCCUCCAACGUUUAUUUCAAACCUCAGUUCUGUGUUGCCAAGAGAUGCCAAAGACAUCGUGGCCAACAUCCUCAAAGGUCUCAACAAACCCCAGAAGCAGGCCAUGAAGAAGGUGCUGUUAUCCAAAGACUACACACUGAUUGUUGGCAUGCCAGGCACAGGCAAAACCACCACCAUCUGCACCCUGGUUCGAAUCCUUCACGCCUGUGGGUUCAGUGUGUUGCUGACCAGCUACACACACUCUGCUGUGGACAACAUCCUGCUGAAGCUGAAGAGGUUCCGGGUUGGGUUCCUGCGUCUCGGGCAGGGGCAGAAGGUUCAUCCCGACAUUCGGCCUUACACAGAGGAAAGUUUGAGGAAAAAGGGAGUUCACACACUGUCAGAGUUGGAGCAGCUUUACAAUAAGGAGCUGGUUGUGGGAACCACCUGUAUGGGCAUCAAACAUCCCAUUUUCACCCGCCGACGCUUUGAUUUCUGCAUCGUAGAUGAAGCUUCACAGAUCAGCCAGCCAAUCUGCGUGGGACCCCUCUGCUACGCCAAGAGAUUUGUCCUGGUCGGGGAUCAUCAACAGCUGCCACCAAUAGUGCAAAAUCAGGAAGCUAGGUCACUUGGGAUGGAUGAAAGUCUGUUUAAGCGACUGGAGCUCCAUAGUGAAGCAGUGGUCCAACUGAAUGUGCAGUACAGGAUGAACAGGCAGAUCAUGUCUCUCAGUAACUCCCUGAUGUACGAGGGUCGACUGGAGUGCGGCUCUGAGAGGACAGCCGAGGCUCUGCUCACUCUGCCCUUCCUGCUCUCUGUCCAAUCAGAGCUCAGGUCCUGCUCUGACACUGAUCCACAGCACUACCUGGCUUGGGUGCAGGCCACAUUGUUGCCUAGCAACCCUGUUUGCUUCCUAGAUUGCUCAAUGGUGCCAGCACUCGAGUCUGUGGAGCAAGGAGGUGUUAGCAAUCACACUGAGGCAGCUCUCAUACACAAGUUGCUUUCAUUGCUGAUAAAGGCUGGAUGUAAACCCAGUGACAUAGGCGUCAUCGCCCCCUACAGACAGCAGUUAAAGAGCAUCUCUGCUCUGCUGCAGUCCUCAUCUUUCACUGGUGUGGAGGUGAACACAGUGGACAGAUAUCAGGGACGAGACAAAAGUCUGAUAAUUUUUUCUUUUGUCAGGAGCACUGCAGAGGAGGGACAUUUAGGAGAACUGUUGAAGGACUGGCGUCGCCUGAAUGUGGCCAUCACCAGGGCCAAACACAAGCUGCUGAUGGUGGGCUCUGCCACUACACUGCGACGCUACGCCCCUGUGGAGAAACUUCUGAACCAUCUCCAGCAGGAGAACAUGAUUAUUCAGCUCCCGCCGGCUGCCCACAAAGCCUUACCGAGCGUGUCCCUGUGAUUGAAGUCUGUGAAGCCAUGCUGCUGUUCCAUGAUGCCAGUAUCUGCCUGUUUCAAUGUCAGUGGAGCACCUGAGUCUGCAAAAACACUGAAUGCCAAGGGUCUGUGAUCAAACAUAAGAGCAUAUAUUGUUUUUAUUUCUGUCUUUUGGGAUAAAUAGUCUAUUAAAACGAUCUUAAUGGAA